AAGUGUCCGGACUGGAAGGGGGGGAAAGUGUCCGGACUGGAGGGGGGGGAAAGUGUCCGCACUGGAAGGGGGGGAAAGUGUCUGCACUGGAAGGGGGGGAAAGUGUCCGCACUGGAAGGGGGGGAAAGUGUCCGGACUGGAAGGGGGGGAAAGUGUCCGGACUGGAAGGGGGGGAAAGUGUCCGGACUGGAAGGGGGGGGGAAGUGUCCGGACUGGAAGGGGGGAAAGUGUCCAGACUGGAAGGGGGUGAAAGUGUCCGGAUGGAAGGGGGGGAAAGUGUCCGGACUGGAAGGGGGGGAAAGUGUCCGGACU